AUGGCUUCAAAAAUGAAGGAAAAGAAGAACAUCGACGGGAAAAAAAAACAAGAACGAGGCCGUUCGCGAGAGACAUCGGAGGAUCCGCAGACUGAACUAAACCGAGAAUAUUACAUUAUACAGAUUAGGGAUCUGGAAUCCCAGGUGAAGAAAUAUAAACAGAAAUGUGAUGAGCUGGAGGUGAAACAGAAGGAUUUCUCCUAUCAAUACAGCAAUCUGGAAAAGGAGAAGAAAGAUAUUGUGCUCUACCUGAAACAAACACUAACUCAGAAAAAAGAUGAGGUUUUAGAUCUCUCUGAACAGCUUUUGGGUCUCCAGAAAGCCAAGGAAGCAGAAAAGGCAUCCUUGGAGAAGCAGCUGGCUCAGCUUCGUCAGGAUUUCCAGGAAAAGAAAGACCAGCUCACAUCGGAGAACAUGGUCCUGGUGGGAAAGCUAGCCUCUUUAGACGAGUUCCGCAUGCAGAAAGAGGAACUGAUGGAACGCCUUGCAAUACAGGAGGAGCAGUUGAAGACACAAAGUAAGGAGCACCAACUGGCCAUCCACAAUUUGGAGAAGAAGAAUGUGCUGGACCAUGAUAGGGUGAAAAGAGAGAUGCAUCAACAUAUGGAGGCUACAGCAGCAGCGUUGAAGCUUGUCUCUGAAAGGAAGAUCCCAGGCACAACAAUGAGGGCAAUCCAUGAGAACAUGUCAGUGACAGCUCAGUUGCAUAGGCUUUCACACAAGAUCCAAGUGCUGCUGGAAGAGAACCAGGUCCUGAAGGAAAGGGAGGAGCAACUCAAAUCGGAAAUGGCAGUGCUGAAACCUCUACUGAAGGAAGAAACAAGAAGGAACCUUAGCAACCAAAAGGUGCUACAUCAGCUUUCUUUGAGAUGUGAUGAACAAUUCGCAGAGCUAAAGGAGCAUUUGAAGAGCCAGACACAGUAUGUCCAGCUACAGGAGGACCACAGUGCUCUCCAGAAGGACCUCAGCUGCCUCAGGCAGGACCUAGCCUCACUGAAGGAGGAGCUGGAGCAGAACAAUACCAAGGCAGACAAACUGAGAAAAGAUCUGAAGCAAGAAAAAGAUAUCAGAGAACAGCUGGAGGCAGUUCAGCAGGAGGCUCUCAGUGCCAUGUGUCAGGCCCUGAAGGAGGUGCCCAAGGAGAAGGAUACAAUGACCAUGUCACGAUACAAUCACUUAAUGAAGAAUCUCCUGGUACUGCUUGACACUGCAACUCUGCAGGGGAAGGGACCUGUCCUGACGGAGUUUAUCAAAGAGAGAGCCCCACUACAUGAGUAUAAGACAGGCAGAGGACUACAGAGUUGCCCUGAAGUGUGCACACAGAGCAAGACAUCCUCAACUGCCCUGGGAGGUGUAAUCGUUUGAUGUCGCCAUCUUAAUCCAAGAAAUCACCCAAUCAGCAAAAAGAUGAUUUUCAGAUCAUGAUAGCAUUCUCUUUUUUAAGUCAUGUUACAAUUGUUGAGACACAUUAUAGAUGCUGAACUUGAUAGAAAUUAGUUUUAUUCAUCAGAUAGUCUUCUGGAAACUGAAUACUUCAAGAGCUCCUGUUAAUUGCACUUCAGGCAAUAUCCUCAAUCUCCUGCUGAUUAACAGCAUGCUUGCUGGUUUCACUUCAAAUGUACACCUGAGGCAGAUAAAUGUCUGCACAAGGGUAACUCUCUGCACAUCUCUCUUGAUUGUAGAACAUUUUCAAAACUUAAUUUUACUGUCUGAAGGUUAACUAGGGCUGGCAUGUCAGUAAAUGAGCCUUCCCAAUAAGAUAUUCACAGACCUGCCAACUUUGUGAAAAUAUUUUGAGUACCACAAUUGUCAGUGUAACGCUUAGUUCACAUGCUUUCGCACCACUUCGCUUUGCACACGACAGUCUGCAAGAGACACAGACACACACACACACACACAAGCACACAUACAUAAGCCUUACUUCAUAAUUCUAGUUUUGACUAUAGAAGUGAUCAGGCAAAAUUGUAUAAUUCUAAAAUAUCACUUGCACUGUACUGGGCUAUAUUAUGAUAUACUUGCAAGUCAAAAGUUUGAGUACACCUGCUUAAAACCAUUUUUUUCAUGAUUAAUAUUUCAUUAUAUGAUAUGUGUGCUUAUACAAACUGAUAAGCAUAAGUGAAUUGCAUUCAAUUAUUUAAUAAAAAUGGAAAUAACUUA